CGUGCGAAUGAGAUUCGUGCAACUCCUGCGAUGUCGAUGAGAGCUGGUUGGCUCCGUUGGAUGGGAAUCAGAGCCGAUACAGUCAAUCUCCUUCAGCCACGCGUAUUUAAAUUCCAGAUUUUGACUGCUCUACGCUUCUUCUUCUCCACGGAUCCAACACAGUCUGUAAUUUAGAGUUUUUUAGUGGGGAAAUCGUCGAACGGAAAAUGCUAGAGCAAUUUUCUCAGUUUCGAUCAAUUUUUA